GACAGAGGUCCGGAUGGAGAAGGUGGUGAUGGACAGAGGUCUGGAUGGAGAAGGUGGUGUUGAGCAGAGGUCCGGAUGGAGAAGGUGGUGAUGGACAGAGGUCCGGAUGGAGAAGGUGGUGAUGGACAGAGGCCUGGAUGGAGAAGGUGGUGUUGAGCAGAGGCCUGGAUGGAGAAGGUGGUGAUGGACAGAGGUCCGGAUGGAGAAGGUGGUGAUGGACAGAGGUCCGGAUGGAGAAGGUGGUGUUGAGCAGAGGCCUGGAUGGAGAAGGUGGUGAUGGACAGAGGUCUGGAUGGAGAAGGUGGUGAUGGACAGAGGUCUGGAUGGAGAAGGUGGUGAUGGACAGAGGUCUGGCAUGCAUAGCAAACUGACUAGAGCAAAUGAUACAAGUUUUAUACUCCAAUACUCCAAUAUAGGCAGAGGUCUGAAUGGAGAAGGUGGUGAUGAGCAGUGCCUGGAUUGGGGGGGUGGGGGGAGCUGCUGGCUGAUGGGGUAGUGGUCUAAUUAGGGGUCGCUGAUCACUGGGCAGCUGUGAACAUAGUACCGUAAGUAAAAUCCCUUUGCUCUUUUGAAAUGGCUUAACUAGACAUUCAGUUGUAUCAGAAAAUAUAAUGGUAGAGCUGGCUGUCAGGAGCUGUUCAUUGUACAUUGUGCAUAUACGUAUUUCAUUGGACCUGCCGUUAUCAUUUUGCAGCAAAACAGCAAGGCUCUUAUCUAACAUGGACAUGUGGAGAUGGAAGAAGGGUGUGAGGGUGGUGAAUAGAAGGAAGCCAGUUAACUAGUUAAGAGGACCAUCAACGGCUUGGAAUCUAUCAGCUGUGAGGCAGCAGUUCUGCUAGGUGAAGCACAGUGGCAGCUGCUGUUCUAUUUAACAUGAAGUCGGCCCUCCUUAUCCGCGAAUUUCGCAUCCACGAAUUCACCCCAGCCACGAAAACCUAGAAGUGCUCUUCCAGCACUUGUUGUUCGAGCAUGUACAGUCUUUUUUUCUUGUCAUUAUUCACUAAAAAAUGCAGUAUAACAACUAUUUACAUAGCAUUUACAUUGUAUUAGGUAUUAUAAGUAAUCUAGAGAUGAUUUGAAGUAUACGGGAGGAUGUGCGUGAGUUAUCGUGGAUCGGAAUCAAAAAAUCGGAAGUUGUCUUACUAAGUAAGUCAGAACAGGUACAUCUGGUAUUAUUUAGCGUCAGUUAGUCAAAUGUUUGCAUUUGUAUAUAGUAUGUAUUUUACCUUUCUGUGCAUAUAUAAAACACUUAAGAAUGUAUGUUUCAGCGCCAGGCUCGGGAACAGAAGUUCCUGAGUUCGAUCCAGUGACAGACCGCUCCGGAGUGCGCUCUCCACCGUGCCAGGUUGAUGUGGAGGAUCAAAAACCCAAAACCCAAUAAUUAAACCACUGUGUUGCUUAGUAAUAAUUGGAGUUUUCAUCGGAGCAGAGCUUUUCUUACUUUAUCCUUUAAAAUUGUUCCGAUUGUUGACCAACGUAACUUAACGCUUUUCCAAUGACCGAUGGCGUUUCACCUCUUUCCGAUUGCUUUAUUAUUUUCACUUUAUUUUCACUCGUUAUCGUGAUUAUUUUCGUGAACAGAAACACUGCGGAUUCAGAUCUCUGCCGCUGGGUCCUAAUGUCCACUGCACCGACACAGGAUAAAUAAGUUCUUGGGUUCCGCUGGGUCCUAAGGUCCACCGUAUUGAGACAGAUUGAAUAAGGGACUUGAGCAUUCGCGAAUUUUGGUAUCCACGAGGGGUCCGGGAACCAAUCCCUCGCGGAUUAAGGAGGGACGACUGUACAGCACGGUAACUCCUGCUAGUGGACCUGUUGCAAUACGGCUUCAGUGAGCUGGAUGCAGUCCUCACCUCCAGCCCUGUGCCUGUUAAGUGUUGACCUGUGACUGCCAAUAUUGGCUACAGGUGCUUCAGGUUCCUCCCAGAUCCCAGCGACAUGCAGGAUAAUUCUAGUGUAGCUUUGGGUGGGUGCAGGAGGUUGAUUAAAAAAAUUGGAAGAAUAAAUUGUGGAGGGUUCAUGUGAAUGGAUGCUUAAAGGUUAGUAUAAGCCUGAUGAGCGGAAGGGCCUGUUUCUGUGCUGUAUGAUUCUACAAUAUAAAAUAAAUCAAUUAGUUUAAAACUUCACACACUCCGGAUCUUUUCAAUUCUUUCAGGUUCCCUGGCCCCUGUCAUCUUAUUUUAAUAUGCAUGUCCAGACCCUAUACACCGCCACCCCCCUCCAGGAGGGCAACAAAGCUCUCAGUUUUUUUCUGGACACCAGACCCAGUCAGUUCCCUGCCACCACCACUCUCCUCUGCCUAGCAGAACUUGUCCUCACUCUAAAUAAUUUCUUCUUUGGCUCCUCCCAUUUCCUUCAAUGAAAAAAUGUAGCCAUGGGCACUCACAUGGGUCCCAGCUGCCUGCCUGCCUGUUGGCUACGAGGAACAGUCUGUUGCAAGCCUACGCUGGUGAUCAUCCCACACUUUUCCUAUACUACAUCGACAACUGCAUUGGUGCUGCUUCCUGCACCCAUGCAGAAUUUGUUGACUUCAUCUACCUUGCCUCCAACUUCCAUCCUGCCUUCAAAUUCACCUGGUCCAUUUCUCACCUCCCUUUUCUCAACUCCUCUGUCUCCGCUGCAUCUGCUGCCAGGAUAUCCUCCUUCAAGGAAAGGGGCUUCCCUUCUUCCACCAUCAACACCGCCCUCGGUCACAUUUCUUCCAUUUCACGCACGCCUGCUCUCACCGCAUUCUGCUGCCACCUUACCAGGGAUAGGGCUCCUCUUGUCCUCACCUACCACCCCACCAGUCUCCAUAUCCAGCCAUCUCCAAUGGGACCCCACCACUGAGCACAUCUUUCCCUCCUCCUCACUUGCUGCCCUCCACAGGGAUUGUUUCCUAUGCGAUUCCCUUGUCCAUUCGUCCCUCCCCUCUGAUCUCCCUCCUGGCACUUAUCCUUGCAGGUGGAACAAGUGCUAUACCUGCCCCAACACCACCACCAUCCCCCCCCCCCCCCACUACCAUUCAGGGCCCUAAACAGUCCUUCCAGGUGAGGUAACACUUCACCUGUGAGUCCGUUGGGGCCAUGUACUGUGUCUGGUGAAACAUAGAGCACAUUACAGGCACUUCAGCCCACAAUUUUGUGCCAACCAUGUAACCUACUCCAGAAGCUGUCUAGAAUUUCUCUACUGCAUAGCCCUCUAUUUUUCUAAACUCCAUGUACCUUUCUAAGAGUCUCUUAAAAGACCCUAUUGUAUCCAUCUCUACCACUUUCACUGGCAGUGCAUUCCACACACCCACCACUAUGUGUGGGAAAUUUACUUCUGACAUCCCCAUUAUACAUACUUCCAACACCUUAAAACUAUGCUCCCUCAUGUUAGCCAUCUCAGCCCUGGGAAAAAGCCUCUGGCUAUCCACACAAUUAGUGUCUCUCAUCAUCUUAUACAUUUCUGUCAGGUCACCUCUCAUCCUCCAUCACUCCAAGGAGAAAAGGCCAAGUUCACUUGACCUAUUCUCGUAAGGCUUGCGCUCCAAUCCAAGUAACACCCUGCCAAAUCUCCUCUGACUCUUUCUAUAGUAUCCACAUCCUUCCUGUAAUGAGGUGACCAGAACUGAAUACAGUACUCCAAGUGGGGUCUAACUAAGGUCUUGCAUAUCUGUAACAUUACCUCACGGCUCUUGAACUCAGUUCCAUGGUUGAUGAAGGCUGUCACACCAUUCACCUUCUUAAUAACACUGUCAACCUGUGUAGCAGCUUUGAGUAUCCAAUAGACAUGGAACCCAAGAUCUCACUGAUCCCUCACACUGUCAAGAGUCUUAUCAUUAAUAUUAUUUUCUGUCUUCAAAUUUGACCUACUGAAAUGAACCACUUCACUUCACACUUAUCUGGAUUGAACUCCAUCUGCCACUUCUCAGCCCAGUUCUGCAUCCUAUCGAUGUCCCCCUGUAACCUCUGACAGCCCUCCAGACUAUCCACAACACCUCCAACCUUUGUGUCAUCAGCAAACUUACUACUUCUUCAUCCAGAUCAUUGUGAUUUUUAUAAGAGAGGAGGGACCCCAGAGCAGAUCCCUGCGGAACACCGCUGGUCACCAUUCUCCAUGCAGUAUACAAACUGUCCACAACCAGCCUUUGCCUUCCAUGGCCAAGCCAAUUCUGGAUCCACAAAACAAGGUCUCCUUGGAUCCCAUGCCUCAUUACUUUCUGAAUGAACCUUGCAUGGGGAACCUUAUCAAAUACCUAACAAAUCCAUAUACACUACAUCAACUGCUUUACCUUCAUCAAUGCGUUUUGUUACAUCCUCAAAGGAUUCAAUCAGAUUCGUAAGACAUAACCUGCUCUUGACAAAGCCAUGCUGAUGAUCCCUGAUCAGCUUAUGCCUCUCCAAAUGCUCAUAAAUCCUGCCUCUCAGGAUCUUCUCCAACAACUUGCCCACCACUGAAGUAAAACUCACUGGCCUAUAAUUUCCUCGGUUAUCUCUACUCCCUUUCUUGAACAAGGGAACAACAUUUGCAACCUUCCAAUCCUCUGGUACAUCUUCUGCCCCUAUUAAUGAUGCAAAGAUUAUCGCCAAAGGCUCAGCAAUCUCCUCCCUCGCUUCCCACAGUAGUCCAGUCCUGGUGACUUAUCUAACUUAAUACCUUUCAAAACCUUCAGCACGUCCCCUUUCUUAAUGUCUGUACACUCAAGCAUUUCAGUCCACUGUAUGUUAUCCCUGCAAUUACUAAAGCCCUUUUCACUGGUGAAUACUAAAGCAAAGUAUUCAUUAAGUACUACCUCCUCCAGCUCUAUGCACUUUUUCGUUCUCACUCACAAUUUGUCCUAUUCUCACAUGGCUCGUCCUCUUGCUCUUCACAUACUUGUAAAAUGCCUUGGGGUUUACCUCAGUGCUGCUCGCCAAGGCCUUCUCAUGGACCCUUGUAGCCCUCCUAAUUUUAUUCUUGAGCUCCUUCCUGGCACUUUUAUAAUUUUCUAGAGCUCCAACAGUACUUAGUUUCUUGAACCUUUCAUAAGCUUUUCUUCUUAACUAAAUUUUCUACAUCAUUUGUACACCAUGGUUCUUUUACCUUACAUUCCUUUCCCUGCCUCAAUGGUACAUACAUCCUAUGCAGAAUGCCAUGCAAAUGUUCCCCACUUCCUGCCUAAUGGCAUCAUAUUUUCCUCUACCCCAAUUAAAUGUUUUUCCCAAAUUGUCUGCCCCUACCCCCACUCCAGUGCUGUGGUAAAGGAGAUAGAGUUGUGAUCACUACCUCCAAAAUGCUCUCCCACCGAGAGAUCUGACACCUGACCAGGUUCACUACCCAAUACCAGAUCAAGUACAGCCUCUCCUCUAGUUGGCUAAUCGAUAUAUUGCAUCAGGAAACCAAACUGAACAUGCGUAACAAACUCCACCCAAUCCAAACUCCUUGCCCUAAGGAGAUGUCAGUCAAUUUUAGGAAAGUUAAAAUCACCCAUCACAACAACCCUUUUAUUAUUGCACUGUUCCAGAAUCUGCCUCCCUAUCUGCUCUUUGAUGUCCCUGUUACUAUUUGGAGGGCCCCCUUUCCUGUUUCUGACUUCCACCCACACUGACUCAGUGGGCAAUCCCUCCAUGACUUCCUCCUUUUCUGCAGCUGUGAUACUACCCCUGAUUAGUAGUGCCACUGCCCCACCUCUUUUGCCUCCCUCCCUUUCCUUUUUAAAACAUCUAAAGGCCAGCACACUCGCUCAGCAGCCAUUCCUGCCCGAGUCUUCCAAGUCUCUGUAAUGGCCACAACAUCAUAGUUCCCAAUGUGGCCUCCUGUAUAACAGUGAGACACGAUGUAGAUUGGGAGACCGCUUCGCUGAUCACCUACGCUCGUCUGCUGGAUAAAGUGGAAUCUCUCAGUGACCACCCAUUUUAAUUCCACUUCCCAUUCCCAUUCCUGUAUGUCUAUCCAUGGCCUCCUCCACUGUCGUAACGAGGCCACUCUCAGGUUGGAAGAACACCACCUCUGGGUAGCCUCCACCCUGAUGGUAUGAACAUUGAUUUCUGGAACUUCCAGUGAUGCUCUUCCUACCCCCCUUCACCAUUUGCCAUCCCAUUUUCCCUCUCUCACCGUAUCUCCUUGCCCGCCUAUCACCUCCCUCUGGUGUUCCUCCCCCUUUUCUUUCUUCUGUGGCCCACCAUCCUCUUCUAUCAGACUCUCCCUUUUCCAACCAUGUAUCUCUUUCACCAAUCAACUUCCCAGCUCUUUACUUCACUCCUCUCCCUGCAGGCUUUAUCUAUCAUCUAGUGUUUCUCUCUCCCUACCCCUCCCCCCACCUUUUAAAUCUACUCCUCAGCUUUUUCCUCCAAUCCUGCCGAAGGGUUUUGGCCCGAAAUGUCAACUGUACUCUUUUCCAUAGAUGCUGCCUGGCCUGCUGAGCUCCUCAAACAGAGUCUGUCCAGAGUUCAGUACAGAGCAGAGCAGAGCAGUGAGCUGGACUGGCCCGACCCUCGCCUCUGGUCCCAACACCCUGACCCUUUCAAUCUGGCCCGGAGCCCAAAUUGUCAUCCAAGCAUCAGGUUUAGUCACAUCGAUGCGCUCUGGGACCUGGACCCUGACCCCAAGUCCAGUGGGAAGUUGCACACUACUGCUUGCGAUGAUUGUUUGCUGGAAAAAGAGCAAUUAGCAAAGUUCUUAGUUCUUUUCAUUGUUGUUGGCACCAAUAUGUACCACGCCUUCUGACUGUUCACCCUCCCCCUUUAGAAUGCUGUGGAUCUGGUCAUCUGCUGUGUGAUCAUUGCAUCUGGGAGACAACAUGCCAUCCGUUGUUUCUUUCAUGCCCACAGAAUCCCUUGUAACAACUGAAUCCCCUGUCACUGUUGCAUUUCUCUUCUUCCCCACCCCACCAACUUCCCCGGUAGAUCAUUUCUCUUGCAACGCAUCCGCCCCCCCCCCUGCCGCCAGUAUCCAGAGUGGUACACUUAUUAUUGAGGGGAACAUCGACAGGGGUACUCUGAACUGGCCCCUUUCCUUCUCCUGACAGCCACCCAGGUACCUGUCUCCUGCAACUUAGAGGUGACUACCUCCCUGUAACUACCUGUCGCCUCCUCAUUCUCCCAUAUGAGCCGAAGGUCAUCCAGGUGCAGCUCCUGUCCCUUAACACAGUCUCUAAGGAGCUACAGCUCGAUGCACUUCAUGCAGAUAUAUUUGUCAGAGAGCCUAGAGUUGCCACAUCUCAUGCAAAGGACAUGCCACUAACCCUGGAUCCAUUCUCAACACACUAGCUAUGUACUAUUAAACAAUGGAGAAAAAAAAGUUUAGAAGGUACUUCAUAAUCAGCAUGAAAUGGUGGGCUGAACAUUCAAUAAGCAGUUCAUUCUCAAAGGGAGUCAAACUUGGCACUGCCUUUGAAAUAUUGAAUCAAGUCGUUAGUGUUUCUCAUAAAGAAAUAAAACUGGGUAGACCAGCUGAUUUCAGCCUGGGACAUGGUUUGGAUGUUGCAAAUGCACACCUAGUCCAGCUGACCUCAAUCGUGAGGUAAUCACCACAGCUUGACAUUGAUAUCGUCAUUGAAUCUGAUCUUUCAUCCAGCCUUCCACUCUGAUCCAACAAGUUCCCUGGCAUAUCUUGUCAUUUUUUUCUUCUUCGACAGUUUAACGGGGGCACGACUGCGCAAACGCGUGUUAGUCAGACCGUGAGGCAGGGGGAGUAUUUAAAGAGAGCAGUUUGCCGGAGCGGGCGACAGAGUAGUGGGAGACAGAGUAGGAAGGCUUUGUCUCGAGAGGCUUCAGCGAGCAGAGGCUGAGGACGAGCUUCACUCCAAAGGAGAACGUUUCAAAAGUUGAGGCAACAUAUUGGGUAGGUCGUGGCAGCUGAGAUCGGCCCUGUGGUUUGUUCAUCCUGCAGUAUGUGGGAAAUCAGGGAUACUUCCAGUGUCCCUGACGACUGUGUGCAGGAAGUGUGUCCAGCUGCAGCUUCUGGCAGACCGCAUUGAGCAUCUGGAGCUGCGAUUGGAUUCAUACUGGAGCAUCCGCAAUGCUGAGAAAGUCGUGAAUAGCACAUUCAGUGAGUUGGCUACACCGCAGGUAGAAAGGGAAGGGGUGGCCACGAGACAGCGUAGCAGUAGACAGGUAGUGCAGGAGUCCCCUGAGGUCCUCUCCCUCCUAAACAGAUAUACUGUUUUGGAUACUGUUGGGGGAGAUGUCUCAUCAGGGGAAGGUAGCAGCAGCGAGUUCAUUGCACCAGGGUGGCUCUGCGGCACAGGAGGGAAGGAAAAGGAGUGGGAGAGCUCUAGUGAUAGGGGAUUCAAUUGUAAGGGCAAUAGAUAGGCGUUUCUGCGGCUGCAACUGAGACUGCAGGUUGGUAUGUUGCCUCCCUGGUGCAAGGGUCAAAGAUGUCUCUGAGCAGGGGCAGGACAUUCUGGAAUGGGAGGGUGAAUAGCCAGUGGUCAUGGCACAUAGGUACCAAUGAUAUAGGUAAAAAAUGAGAUGAGGUCCUACAAGGUGAAUUUAGGGAGUUAGGAGAUAAACUAAAAAGUAGAACCACAAAGGUAAUAAUCUCUGGAUUACUACUAGUGCCAUGUGCUAGUCAGAGUAGAAAUAGGAGGAUAUCAAAUUUCUGGGGCAUUGGAACCAGUCCUGGGGGAGGUGGGACCGGUAUAAACAGAACGGUCUGCACCUGGGCUGGACUGGAACCAAUGUCCUAGGGGGAGUGUUUGCUACUGCUGUUCAGGAGGAUUUAAACUAAUGUGGCAGGGGGGUGGGAACAAGUGCAGAGAGACAGAGGGGUGUAAAAUGAGGGUAGAAGCAAAAAGGUGAAAAGUAAAAGUGGCUGGCAGGCAGGCAAAUCCAGGGCAAAAAUCAAAAAGGGCCACUUUUCAACAUAAUUGUAUAAGGGCUAAGAGUGUUGUAAAAACAAGCCUGAAGGCUUUGUGUGUCAAUGCGAGGAGCAUUCGUAACAAGGUGGAUGAAUUGAAUGUGCAGAUAGUUAUUAAUGAAUAUGAUAUAGUUGGGAUCACAGAGACAUGGCUCCAGGGUGACCAAGAAUGGGAGCUCAACAUCCAGGGAUAUUCGAUAUUCAGGAGAGAUAGACAGGAAAGAAAAGGAGGUGGGGUAGCGUUGUUUGUUAGAGAGCAGAUUAACACAAUAGAAAGGAAGGACAUUAGCCUGGAGGAUGUGGAAUCGAUAUGGGUAGAGCUGCAUAACACUAAGGGGCAGAAAACGCUGGUGGGAGUUAUGUACAGGCCACCUAACAGUAGUAGUGAGGUUGGAGAUGGCAUUAAACAGGAAAUUAGAAAUGCGUGCAAUAAAGGAACAGUAGUUAUAAUGGGUGACUUCAAUCUACAUAUAAAUUGGGUGAACCAGUUGGUAAGGGUGCUGAGGAAGAGGAUUUCUUGGAAUGUAUGCGGGAUGGUUUUCUGAACCAGCAUGUCAAGGAACCAACUAGAGAGCAGGCCAUUCUAGAUUGGGUAUUGAGCAAUGAGGAAGUGUUAGUUAGCAAUCUCGUCGUGCGAGGCCCCUUGGGUAAGAGUGACCAUAAUAUGGUGGAAUUCUUCAUUAAGAUGGAGAGUGACAUAGUUAAUUCAGAAACAAAGGUUCUGAACUUAAAGAAGGGCAACUUUGAAGGUAUGAGACGUAAAUUAGCUAAGAUAGACUGGCAAAUGUUACUUAAAGGGUUGACAAUGGAUAUGCAAUGGCAAGCAUUUAAAGAUUGCAUGGAUGAACUACAACAUUUGUUCAUCCCAGUUUGUCAAAAGAAUAAACCAGGGAAGGUAGUGCACCCGUGGCUGACAAGGGAAAUUAGGGAUAGUAUCAAGACCAAAGAAGAAACAUACAAAUUAGCCAGAAAAAGUGGGACACCUGAGGACUGGGAGAAAUUCAGAGACCAGCAGAGGAGGACAAAGGGCUUAAUUAGGAAAGGGAAAAAAGGUUAUGAGAGAAAGCUGGCAGGGAACAUAAAAUCUGACGGUAAAAGCUUUUAUAGAUAUGUGAAAAGAAAAAGAUUGGUCAAGACAAAUGUAGGUCCUUUACAGUCAGAAACAGGUGAAUUGAUCAUGGGGAACAAGGACAUGGCAGACCAAUUGAAUAACUACUUUGGUUUUGUCUUCACUAAGGAGGACAUAACUAAUCUUCUGGAAAUAGUAGGGGACCGAGGGUCUAGUGAGAUGGAGGAACUGAGGGAAAUACAUGUUAGUAGGGAAGUGGUGUUAGGUAAAUUGAAGGGAUUAAAGGCAGAUAAAUCCCCAGGACCAGAUGGUCUGCAUCCCAGAGUGCUUAAGGAAGUAGCAUUAGUGAUAAUUUUUCAAAACUCUUUAGAUUCUGGAUUAGUUCCUGAGGAUUGGAGGGUGGCUAAUGUAACCCCACUUUUUAAAAAAGGAGGGAGAGAAAAACCAGGGAAUUCUAGACCGGUUAGCCUGCCAUCGGUGGUGGGGAAAAUGCUAGAGUCGGUUAUCAAAGAUGUGAUAACAGCACAUUUGGAAAGUGGUGAAAUCAUCAGACAAAGUCAGCAUGGAUUUGUGAAAGGAAAAUCAUGUCUGACAAAUCUUACAGAAUUUUUUGAAGAUGUAACUAGUAGAGUGGAUAGGGGAGAACCAGUGGAUGUGGUAUAUUUGAAUUUUCAAAAGGCUUUUGACAAGGUCCCACACAGGAGAUUAGUGUGCAAACUUAAAGCACACGGUAUUGGGGGUAUGGUAUUGAUGUGGAUAGAGAAUUGGUUGGCAAGCAGGAAGUAAAGAGUGGGAAUAAAUGGGACCUUUUCAGAAUGGCAGGCAGUGACUAGUGGGGUACUGCAAGGUUCAGUGCUGGGAUCCCAGUUGUUUACAAUAUAUAUUAAUGAUUUAGACAAGGGAAUUAAAUGCAGCAUCUCCAAGUUUGCAGAUGACAUGAAGCUGGGCGGCAGUGUUACCUGUGAGGAGGAUGCUAAGAGGAUGCAGGGUGACUUGGAUAGGUUAGGUGGGUGGACAAUUUCAUGGCAUAUGCAAUUUAAUGUGGAUAAAUGUGAGUUUAUCCACUUUGGUUGCAAGAACAGGAAAACAGACUAUUAUCUGAACGGUAGCUGAUUAGGAAAAGGGAAGGUGCAACGAGAUCUGGGUGUCAUUGUGCACCAGUCAUUGAAAGUGGGCAUGCAGGUACAGCAGGCGGUGAAAAAGGUGAAUGGUAUGUUGGCAUUCAUAGCAAGAGGAUUCAAGUACAGGAGCAGGGAGGUUCUACUGCAGUUGUACAAGGCCUUGGUGAGACCACACCUGGCAUAUUGUGUGCAGUUUUGGUCCCCUAAUCUGAGGAAAGACAUUCUUGCCAUAGAGGGAGUACAAAGAAGGUUCACCAGAUUGAUUCCUGGGAUGGCAGGACUUUCAUAUGAAGAAAGACUGGAUCAACUAGGCUGAUACUCGCUGGAAUUUAGAAGAUUGAGGGGGGAUCUUAUUGAAACAUAUAAAAUUCUAAAGGGAUUGGACAGGCUAGAUACAGGAAGAGUGUUCCCGAUGUUGGGGAAGUCCAGAUCAAGGGGUCACAGGUUAAGGAUAAAGGGGAAGUCUUUUAGGACCGAGAUGAGGAAAAACUUCUUCACACAGAGAGUGGUGAAUCUGUGGAAUUCUCUGCCACAGGAAACAGUUGAGGCCGGUUCAUUGGCUAUAUUUAAGAGGAAGUUAGAUAUGGCCCUUAUGGCUAAAGGGAUCAGGGGUAUGGAGAGAAAACAGAUACAAGGUUCUGAGUUGGAUGAUCAACCAUGAUCGUACUGAAUGGUGGUGCAGGCUCGAAGGGCCGAAUGACCUACUCCUGCGCCUAUUUUCUAUGUUUCUAUAAAGCCCACUAGAGGCUUUACACAUUGGCCCUAGGAAACUUCAGCACUGUGUAAUGAUUGAAAUACGGGCAAGGAUUUCUCCGUUACUACCAAUAGUUAUAACUCAGUUGAUGAAUUAGUACUCCAGCUAUCUUGACCACCACCUAGUAAAAGUGAUCAGAGCAGUAACCAUAAAGAGUAUACUUUAGAGGGAAUAUUUUCAUCACCAAGGGUUCUGAAGACCAUUAGGAUGAGGACUGUUAGUUUGAGAAACAUCUUCUCCCCCCACCCGCCCCAAACCAGGCCAUGAGACUACUGAACACCCUGCCACCAGCAAGGUCUUGUCAUGAAUGAAGUGCCGGCAGCGUUGUACUGCUUACUUUUUACUUGUGUCGUAAAUGCCCCUUUUGCUAAAUAUCCAUCUUCUGGAAUAUACUUUAUAAUAUGUAAUUUAUUUCUGGUAAUAUUACUGUGUGUUGUGUGUGAGUUAUAUGCACUGUGUUGUGCACCUUAGUCCUGAGGAACAUUGUUUCAUUUUGUGAUAUACAUGUAUAUGAUUGAAUGACAAUAAACUUGAAGUAGUAGACUUGGUCUGUGGCAGGUGGUGAAAUAACCAACUUGAGGGGAAAAUCUACUAGAUACUGUAUUUAAAAGUUCCAUUUUUGCAGAAAUGCUUGCCUGUUUAUAUAAAAGACCUAACUACAGCCCAUCUUCACACCAAAUAUGCCAAAUGAGUUACAUGCUGAAAAGAUCUAGCACCUCAACACUUGUCAUCCAUUAACAGCAGCAGAAUUGUAUUCCAUCAACCCAUGGGAUUCCAUUACUCUUAUUCGGCCACUAUUGAGCCAGAGGAUCAAAUCUGUAGAAAGCAUGCCAGUGAUAUUGCAGGCUUACCUAAAAACUUGAUCAUGCUAAUGUUAUUAUUCCAAAAAAAAGAAUGUGGAUUUCAUAGCCAGAAUUGUAACUAUUAGAAUAUGUGGUUUUAUUUUCUCUGCAUAAACUCUAUUCACCAUUCACUUGAUUUUUCUUUGAUAUUUAUA